GGGCCAUGAAGGUGAAGAAGAGCGGCGGGGCCGGGGCGGCGGCGGCGAGGACCGAGGAGGAGCUGGGCCGAAAGGCGCUCAUCGGGCCCGACGACGUGCUGGGGCUGCAGCGGGUCACCAGCGAUUAUUUGUGCACUCCAGAGGAAAAUGUUUACAAGAUAGACUUCACCAGGUUUAAAAUCCGGGACAUGGAGUCUGGCACAGUCUUGUUUGAAAUCACCAAGCCAGCAGCUUCAGAGCGUGAGCACAAUGACAGGAAGGACGUGGACCCCAACGCCGGACGCUUCGUUCGCUAUCAGUUCACCCCGGCCUUUCUCAGGCUGCGGCAAGUGGGAGCCACGGUGGAAUUCACAGUAGGGGACAAACCCAUUAAUAAUUUCCGUAUGAUUGAGAGGCACUACUUCCGCGAUCAGCUGCUGAAAAGCUUUGAUUUUGAAUUUGGCUUCUGCAUCCCCAGCAGUAAAAACACUUGUGAGCACAUCUAUGAAUUCCCCCAGCUCUCGGAGGAUCUCAUUCGAGAGAUGAUCCUUCAUCCCUACGAGACACAGUCGGACAGUUUCUACUUUGUAGACAACAAGCUCGUGAUGCACAACAAGGCAGAUUAUUCAUACAGUGGAGGACCUUGAGCGCGGGAUGGGCCGCGCUGGCCUCCCCUUUCCUAUGGAAGUCGUCAGGGAUACCAACACCUUCAGUUCUGCUGCCUGCAGUGUCAACUGGACAAGGAUCCACAAAACCAAGGACUCUUUGCCACAGUAGGAGUUUCAUGACUAAAUUUGCCGGUCUCAUCUCUUUUGAGCUUUGAAGCAGACCCAGUUCUUCAGAACUUUAGGCUGAAUGAUCUUUGGAUACCACUUCCCUAAGUUCUUUAAGUGUCUGCUUCGAAAAUGGCCUUGUGGGACCUGGGGGAUUUUGCCCUAAUUCUGUGAAUUUGUGUUCUCGCCCUCAAGUAUCUUUUAGGACAUGAUUGCUUUCCCAAAGAAUGUAAUCAGAGAAACCACGUGAGUGGAUGGGUGCAGAGACAGAGGUUUGGUUGGUUGCUUCUCUUUGUCAGUGCUUCAAAGGCCAAUUUAACUUGUCCAUCCCGUCAAAAAUGUCGAGCAUAGCAUCUCACAAAGGCAAGUUUCAUCUUUAGAUUGGCUCUCUCCAUAAGUAUUUCAUCCUUUAAUUUUGGUCCUUCUGUUUAAUGUUCUGUUUAAUCCUGGAAAUGCCGAAACUCACAAUGAAGACCAGUAGUUUAAUGACAGAGCCAUUUUAAUUGGGUACUGUCCUUUCACAUUUCAGAUGAAGGUAAAUUAGCAUUGUGGGUCUAUGAACCUCCCUAAGUACCUUCCAUUCAUUUCAGGUUUUGCAGAAUAAUCAGGAAAAAUGGAAGGAUUUUAGCUUUAUUUAACAUUUUCACAUAGCUAACAUUCAGCCUAUUCAUGCUACACAUUUCCAUGUCUGUUUUUUUUUUCAUCUCUGCUCAAUACCAAGAUAAGGGCUUCAGCACUGCUUUUUAGAGCAACACUUUCAUUUGUCUAUGGCAGCUGGAGUAUGUGGAAUUUCCAAUUUUCUAUUUGUAUCUGCAUUUAAAGAAUGUUAUGACAGUGCUUUCCCUUUGUUAAAAAUGUUUCACAUCAAUAAUUAGUACAGGUGAAACAGUCUAAUAAUGUACAACUUAAAGGCACGGGAAAAAAAUUUAACAAGAGCUCUCUCUUCAGACUCUGGAAGAAGUUUAAGACCAAUUUUGCCCAAGAAGUAGCAACACCAAGAAUAAACCAGUAUGGGGUGGCCUGUUGUCAUGAAACCCCUACUCUAAAGGUCAGUUCACUGAUACUUUAAAAAAAAAAAAAAA